AUUAACGUCAAGAUAUCGAGUGCAGGCUACGGACGUAGUGGCGUUUACGAAGAGCUGCUAGACCGAGUUUGUGUCCAAAUGCGAGACGCCAUGUCGCAGGGUACUUUGGGACUGCAGUGCUAUGGAGACAUUGUGGGGGUUCAUCCUGGAGAACAUAAGAGAUGUGCAGUGAACCCUUCCCAAAGCAAAGAGUGGCAUGUUUGUUGCGACAUUGUUGAGACAGCAGUGGACCCAAGGUAG